ACAUCCGGUUCCCACCCGCGCACGCGGAUUUACAGUGCGCACUGUAAGGAGGCCACCACGCACAGCGGCUUUGAGUCGGGCACAGCUCUUACGAUCGAACACAGAUCCCUUGCACAAACGUAGACAUCGCUUACAGUUGUCUCAUAGGUCACGUUGAGCCCCUCGCACACAUCAACUCAAAACUCCGGCACACGCCAGGUGUCCUAUCUGCGUCUCCCGCACCUUUCGAUUUAGCACGGUUGGGUGCGUACGGUACGAAAUAAGUUCCAGCGUCUCUACGUACAGGUAACAAAGCAUGGCCGGGCUGGAGCUGCUGUCAGACCAGGGCUACCGCAUUGACGGCAGGAAGGCGUCCGAGCUGAGGAAGAUCGCGUGUCGCAUGGGAGUGUUCGCGCAGGCCGACGGCUCGGCCUACGUGGAGCAGGGCAACACCAAGGCCCUGGCCGUAGUCUACGGUCCCCACGAGAUGCGUGGCAACAGAGGGAAGGCGAUGCACGACCGAGCACUGGUGAACUGCCAGUACAGCAUGGCCACCUUCAGCACGGGGGAGCGCAAGAGGCGGCCUCACGGUGACCGCAAGUCAAUCGAGAUGUCGAUGCACCUGAGGCAGACCUUCGAGGCGGCGAUCAUGACGCAGCAGUACCCACGCUCCCAGAUUGACAUCUACGUGCAAAUCCUGCAAUCGGACGGAGGCAACUACUGCGCUUGCGUUAAUGCAGCCACUCUCGCACUGGUGGACGCGGGAAUCCCGCUCAAGGACUACGUCUGUGCUUGCUCGGUGGGCUUCGUGGAUGACACUCCUCUCGUGGACAUCAGCUUCGUGGAGGAGUCGGCGGGGGGACCAGAGCUCGCCCUUGCGUUGCUUCCAAAGAGCGAGCAGAUUGCACUACUGGAGCUCAACUCACGGCUCCACCAGGACCACCUGCCAGCCGUACUGGAGGCCGCCACACGUGCCUGCAAGGAUGUGCACGCCGUGCUGGACCGUGUGGUGCGCGAGCACUUGCAGGAGGCCACGUCCCAGCUUGGUUACUGAAACCAGAGUACUACUGGAUCAGCAUUGUUGUUUGUACCCAUUUAUUAUUCUAAUGAUAGGGAUGCUGCCAUGGGGGGGUCAUGGUUAGCACACCGGACUUGUAAUCUGGAGAUUGUCAUUUCAGAGUUGGUGAGAGUUGGCAUGUUUAAUCAAAUUUGUGUACUUUUCUGGUAUUUUUUUAAGUGUGGAAAAUCUGGACCAUGACUGGCACACAUCGGUGAAUCACAUCAUGGGACCGGCAAUGCCCACUGUAAAACAGACUGUACCUAUUUUUUUUAUAGUUAAUACAUCCACGGUAAAAAUAAGAGCAGCUGAUUGUGCUUGAAAUGUGAAUGCUCUAUUGCUUGCCCAUGUCACUACCCACAGAUACUUGUCGUGUUUCAAAAAUAAGUUAUUUAUCCAUGCUGGAAUAAGUUUAAUUGAUAAAUCUAAUAUUUUAUGUGCAGCUAUUAAAAUCAAGUCUGAUUCGCACAACUUCCGAUGAGAAUCUAUUCCAGAAUCUCAGCAGUUCCAGCAAUGAUCUCCGAUAUGGUAUUUGACCCUUGAACCACCUGGUCAUUUUAUUCCUCCAUUAGGAUGUUUUGUGAAGUGCCUGUUGAAUUGUUUUUUUUAACAAAAAUAUUGGCAUGUUGGGAUGUACUUUUGUAAGUAUUGUCCGGUAAGAUUUUGUCUUAAUAAAGUACAGCAAAUAA